AUGCCUGAGAUAAUUGGAUCAAAUGUUAACCUUAAAGAAGGGAAAACAGAUGACAGCUAAUUUGAUUUAUCUCCUUAAAUCUCUGGUACAUCAUUUCCCACCACAAAUAGAAAAUUUUUAUCUUUGAAAACAAUGCCAAAGCCCAUCUAUUCCAUUAUUGAAGUAAGAGCUCAUAAUAAAACUGAUGAUUGCUGGACUAUUGUAGAUGGAUAUGUCUACGAUAUUACAAAGAUUUUAAAGACUCACUCUGGAGGAUUUAGUAAAAUAUUCUAAGUAGCUGGCUCAGAUGGUACAUAGAUGUUUCAGGAAGGACACUUUGCGGUAGAUUCUAGACACUUCUUAUCUCCAUAUGAGAUAGGAAUUUGCGAGGACUACAUUAAAUAUUGA